AUGUUGAUGAUCCUACUGGGGAUAAGCAAUACAAUUUUGAUAGAUAUCGCGACCUCAUUCUCUAAAAUUAAUAAUUACGAAAGCAAAUCAAAAGUAAACACUUCUUCUCUAACUAGCAAAGUUGAGAAUAAAAGUAAUAUUGAAAAAGAAUGUGAGAUCUCAGCAAAAGAAGAGUCAAUUGAGUCCCUUCGUGAGCGAGAUUAUCUCAUAUCCUUAUUAGAUGAGCUGGAAGACUUUAGUUUGGGGAAUGUCGUUGCUUGGAAUCGUCACGAUCGAGCACAAAUUAAUAAGAUCGGAGAACUUUUUGGUAUAGAGGACUUUAUCCGGCACGUUGAAGGCGAGUUAAGAGAAAAAGAGGAAGCAAAAUUAAAAAACAACGCCGCCUCGCAAUUUCAGUUUUACGAUAGCAGUGAUCUAAGAAGUCGGUUGCCCCGGAAAGAAAGAAGAAGGUUAAAGCGGAAAAAGAGUCCCACCCCGAGAAGGCGCGCCUGUUCACCUCUUAGUUAUGCGAAGCGAGCUUCACCCUCCUACAACCCUUACAAGAGCGACGGCAUAAGUGACACUACCACUGAUUCAGAAGAGAACAGCACUGCCAAACAGGCUCGUGUGGAGUUUAUAACCGAGAUGACUGGAACUGCUCAGCCUGUAGAAAGCAGCCAGCCGUACUACCAAGAAGUAGAGCCAUACUUUAGAGUUACAGAAAAAAAAAGAGAAGUUGACUCUAGCCGGUCUUUAAGCAUCCGGGAAAGGAUGGCCCUAAAGCGCCAGCUGGCAUUAGUCAAGCAAUUGAGGCAGGACCAAGCAAAACAGCAGGAAAAGAUAGACCGCAAGGAGGAUGAGAUGAAACUAAGAAGAGACGGGCUUCGUGAGUUGGGCAGAAAAAUUCAAGAACGGCGACGAAAGGAACAACGACGCUUAAGAUCCGACUCGUUCUCGAGUUCGAUGUCAAGGUCAAGGUCGAGAUCACGCUCAAGAUCGAAGGAAAGGCGCCAGUCGAGGGCAAGCAGAACACUUUAUCGUUCACUUUCGAGGUCGUCACGAUCACGAUCACGAUCACGAUCACGAUCACGGUCGCAGUCACGAUUCAGGGGUAGAAAAAAGUCUAGACGGUCAAAGUCCAGGUCGCCGCACGCUUAUUCGACCUAUCAACGGAAAUCCUGAAGUCAAUACACAUUUCGAAGCGUUAUUGAAAUUUGCAUUAUACAGCGAUGCCGAUGGGGUCGACCUUAACAAAGUUAUGACUAUUUUACAAAGCAAUAAAGAAUAGAAAGGGGUGCCUCCGUCUUUAA